AUGUGGUGGCCUUUCAAGGAAAGAUAUUCUGAAUGUCAUCCAAAGGACACCGACUCUAAAACUUAUGACUAUGUUGUAAUAGGAGGUGGCACAGCGGGGUGUGCUUUGGCCUCACGAUUGAGCGAGAAUGCUGAUAUCUCCGUUCUUGUGCUCGAAUACGGUCCUGCAAAUGAUACAUGGUUGUCUCGUAAUCCGGUUAUAUCUUCGGAUCCCACCGUUCCAACUUUUGGUUCUACAAGAUGGCAAUGUGAGACCAUGGAGCAUUGCGACAAUCGUCGAAGCGGGGUCAUUCGAGGUGAAGUUCUCGGGGGUACUUCAAGAAUCAACAGCAUGAUUUAUACAAGAGGAUGUGCUGCAGAUUACGAUGCAUGGGCAGCAUUGGGCCAUCAUGAGUGGAGUUACGACAAAGUAUUGCCUUACUUUGUCAAAAGUGAGACCUCGUUGGACUAUGGCAAGUCAUCUUACCAUGGAAAUAGCGUUUCGCCGACUGCACUAAGGCUAUGGGGUUCAUACUUAUUCCAAACUCAAAUGCAUCGAACGCUUCCGCAGACGGACUGGCAACUUUGUCACUUACUCUCAACCAACAACGAGAGCGAGUAUCCAGCUUUUAGGCAUUUUUGUCACGAAAGAUUGCUUUGGAAAGAAAAAAAUCUGACAAUCUGUACAAACACAACCAUUGCUCGCAUUGGGUUUGAACAAGGUCAUGGGAAACCGUGUACCGACAAGAUAUUCUUCAAGUCUUCUGACCCUGCUCUUGAAAAGGUCUAUGCAGCAAAAGUCAACAAAGAGGUAAUUGUGUGUGCGGGAGCUAUAGGUUCACUCCAAGUCUUGAUGCUGAGUGGUAUUGGACCAGGCGAAGAACUCAAAAAACACGGCAUUGAUGUGGUUUAUGAUCUUCCAGGAGUUGGGGCUGAGCUGACUGAACAUCUCAGCGUUCCAGUUGCGUGGGAGACUUUGGCCCUAUAUGUUCGCUCUCGAUUGCUCAAUACAGAACAUACUGGAAUUAUCAGCACAAACAAGGACUCGUCCGAUCCUCUAGAUUUCAUCCCCGAUAUUGAACUUAUACCACUCUCAACAAGUGCAAUGGAUAACUUUGACGAGUCAGAGUUCAAGCUCAUAUUCUCCAAAACCCCCAUCUAUAGCGUCCUCGCCACGAUGUUGCAACCACAGUCCCGCGGGACGGUCCGCUUGACAUCUUCAAGUCCGCACGAUAAACCUCAAGUUGACUACGGAAUCCUGUCUAAUCCUGCAGAUUAUACCGUCGCACGAAGCGCUCGGCUUGAUGUGCAAAGCAACAGCACAGAAGAAUUAGACAAGUUCAUUCGAAAGAGAAUCAGAACUACUUUUCAUUAUGCAUCCACAUGUCGGAUGGUACCUGAGCAUGAUGCGACGGGCAAGGCGCCUGGUGUGGUGGAUGAUGAAUUGAGAGUUUAUGGCGUGAAAGGAUUGAGGGUGUGUGACACGAGCGUUUUCCCGAGAAUGGUAUCGGGACACUUGCAGGCUCCUGCUGUUAUGGUUGCUGAGAAGUGUGCAGAUUUGAUCAAGGCUGGCCAUCAAUGA